CCCCACAUCUUCCGUUUCCUCGGGCUCCCCAAACACCUCACACAUCUUCUACACUCUCAAGAAGCUUAAAGGAUAGAAUGCCGGCACCCAUACAGACCAAAGAACAACAAGACCUGCUCUCCGCCCUUCAAUCCCUCAACGAAGCGGAGACAGCGGCAACAGACAUCGAAGGGAAACUGGAUGCGAUACACGGGAAGCUGGAUGAGUUGUUGAGGAGUUUGGAGGCAAAGGGUUCACUGCCAUCUGAUGGAGAUGUGGCACAAAAUGGGAAUGGGGCAGGGAGGGAGGAGGCUGGGAAGGUGGAUGGGAAGAAGAAGUGAAGGAAGUUUGGGAUGAAAUCAGAUGACAGAAGAGGCGGCGUGAUGGAGAUCACCACACUUAAGCAACUCGCAAGCCAUCGACAGGAGCGGCUCUUGGGACACUCGACAAAUGAUAUGUCCGAUCUGGCCACGGACGCCAGCUGCAACUACGAUAUCGCUGCUGGACAGCAAAUACAACGGCAGGAUCUAUAGAUUUAGGGAGAAUGACUUAGAACCCUACAUAACCAUAUCACGUGCCCUCAUAACCACUGUAGUGUGUCGAGUCACACUACGGCUUCUUUGUGGACCGGCUUCGUUGUGGACGGGUUUCUGGAAAACCGGUCCAGAAAUCUAACUAUAUAAAGGGGAUGUUUUGGC